UUCCUCUUUUCCUUUUUCCCUCUCUCAUUCUCAUCCUCAUCCUCAUCCUCUUAUUUCUUCUAUCCUAAUUCCAACCAUACAUCAUGGCUGCCCCCGCUCAGAAGUUCAAGGUCGCUGACAUCUCCCUGGCCGCCUUCGGUCGCCGGGAGAUCGAGCUCUCCGAGGUUGAGAUGCCCGGUCUCAUGGCCAUCCGUGAGAAGUACGGUGCUGACCAGCCCCUCGCCGGUGCCCGCAUUGCUGGUUGUCUUCACAUGACUAUCCAGACUGCCGUCCUGAUCGAGACUCUCGUCCACCUCGGUGCUGAGGUCACCUGGACCUCCUGCAACAUCUUCUCCACCCAGGACCACGCCGCCGCCGCCAUCGCCGCCGCCGGUGUUCCCGUCUUCGCCUGGAAGGGUGAGACCGAGGAGGAGUACCAGUGGUGCCUUGAGCAGCAGCUCUUCGCCUUCAAGGAUGGCAAGAAGCUCAACCUCAUCCUCGAUGACGGUGGUGACCUCACCUCCCUCGUUCACUCCAAGCACCCCGAGAUGCUCGACGACUGCUUCGGUGUCUCUGAGGAGACCACCACCGGUGUCCACCACCUGUACCGCAUGCUGAAGGACGGCAAGCUCAAGGUCCCCGCCAUCAACGUCAACGACUGCGUUACCAAGUCCAAGUUUGACAACCUGUACGGCUGCCGUGAGUCCCUCAUUGACGGUAUCAAGCGUGCCACCGAUGUCAUGAUCGCCGGUAAGAUCGGUGUCGUCGCCGGUUACGGUGAUGUCGGCAAGGGCUGUGCCCAAGCUCUGCACUCCAUGGGUGCUCGCGUUAUCGUCACUGAGGUUGACCCCAUCAACGCCCUCCAGGCCGCCGUCCAGGGCUACGAGGUCGCUACCAUGGAGGAGGCCGCCAAGGUCGGUCAGAUCUUCGUCACCACCACUGGCUGCCGUGACAUCCUUGUCGGCCGUCACUUCGAGGCCAUGCGCAACGACGCCAUUGUCUGCAACAUUGGUCACUUCGACAUUGAGAUCGACGUUGCCUGGCUCAAGGCCAACGCUCAGUCCGUCCAGAACAUCAAGCCCCAGGUGGACCGCUACCUCCUGAACGGCAAGCACAUCAUCCUGCUCGCCGAGGGCCGUCUGGUCAACCUGGGCUGUGCUACCGGUCACUCCUCCUUCGUUAUGUCCUGCUCCUUCUCCAACCAGGUCCUUGCUCAGAUCGCUCUGUUCAAGGCCGAGGAUGCCGCUUUCGGCGCCAAGUACAUCGAGUUCGGCAAGGGCGGCAAGAAGGACGUCGGUGUCUACGUUCUCCCCAAGGCUCUUGACGAGCAGGUUGCCCUGUGUCACUUGGACCACGUCAACGCCAAGCUCACCAAGCUGACCCCCGUCCAGGCCGAGUACCUCGGCCUCGAUGUCAACGGUCCCUUCAAGAGCGAGAUCUACCGCUACUAAGCGCACUCUACCUUCCCCUUUUUUCCUCCAAUUGCGUCCGCUAUUUCUAUGAUUCUUUCUUGAGAUAUAGACUUUCAACAUGAUUCGACGAUGUUACGAUUGGCAUUUAUCGGGUUCUUCAUCAACAUUGAACUCAAAAGUGGUUGUCUUCAACGGCAUAAAAGUGUGGCUCCCUCGGUGGUGAGGGAGAUGAAGUGUGCUUGUUUUCUGUUUACUGGCGUGGGUUGACCUGGGAUGGUCUUGCAUUCAACACUGCGUACGGAUGGGAUCCUUUUCUUUUCUUGAUACCUUAGUCCUGUGCUGGUCUACUUGGCUGCACAGUUGAAAUAAUGAAAGUAGAGUACAACUCGCUUCUGAAUC